CUCGACUCCCCGCGACGUAUCUCAUCCAUCCCCCUUGAUCCUCCACCCGCGUCAUCCUCCCCUUACCGCCUGCAUUGCAUACCCAGUUACAGCUCUUCACGCUUCAAUAAAUACAAUCGCAUACUCUACGCGACUCACAUUCUACCCUUAUAUUGUCCCUUCCCCACCCAGCCAUGUCGCCUGCUUUACCCUACCUGCGCGGUCUGCGCAAGAGUGACCUCGUCGUUCUCGCUGAAGUCUCGAAUCUCCAGGAUUUUGAGGACUACAAGAAGACCGAGCUCGAGGCUGCGCUCGACGAACAUCUCGCCGCGAAUCGUGCCUUGCUUUCCGGCGAACAGAGGCUGGCAGACUACUACAAGCGUCUGUCGCACACAUCGCGCUCAUCUCCCGUCAAGAGGGAACCCAAGCCUGAGCCUGCAAUGUCUAGUGAUGAUACCAGGAGACCUAUCCGGUCGAGGCGACAAGUAAAACCAAAGCAGGAAGUCGAAGCCACAGAUGAAUCCGACAGCAGCGCUAGCAAAGAGUCCACCCCCGCGUCUCGCACCCCCGCGCGUCGCUCACUGCCCUUCUCUUCCCUCCCCCCAUCCCCCGCUGUCAUCACAGACGCGAUCGAUCGCCAAACCACCAAAGCCCGCCAGUCCAUGUCUGAAGCCUGGGACGCGUCCGGCAUAACCGAGCGCUCCGACGCGCUACGCUCUUGCCUCAGCAGCGUCCGCGCCAUCGAGACCAUCACCCUUGCGAUCGAGCUGUACGGUCUUCUCGCCGACAUCGUUCCUAUGCGCUACCUAGCCACGUUCCCUGCCGUACCCUCUGUCGGGACCCCGAACUACGCCAUCAAGGUCCCCGACCUCUUCAUCCUGCUCGACGCGUCCUUCUGGGGCCCUUUCUCCCUCUGGCUUACCACGAGUAUAUUCCUACCGUCCCUACUCGCGUACUUCUUCAACCUGAGCUUGAAGAUUUCUCAGCAAGGCGGCGGCAGCAGCAUCCAUGCUUAUGGCACGCGUCGUACCACCACCUCGGUUGCUGCAAGGGUUGCUGAAACCGCUAACCUGGACCCACUGGUUUAUAACGUCUCCAAGGCGUUGGUUUCGUACCUGGUGUACACGAACAUCUUCACCUUUUGGAACGUGUACCGUCGGACGACGGUGAUGGCUGUUCCCGGUGCGGUUCCUGGUGGACUACCUGGUUUGUUGACUGGGUCCGCCAUUGGGAUGUUGGGGAGUUUGUAUGAGGCGAUUCUGAGGAGGUGAAAUUCUUAACUUUGUGUGUUUUUUUAUUUCAUUUUAUUCCAUUUUCUUUUACUACUAACUGAUCUGGAUAUUGUUUGGACGUUGGACGGGGGAUGAUACGUGAUCGGGGUUGUUGGCUGGAUUAAGUUUCCUGUCAGGGACAGCUCGGAGGAAAAGGAGGUUUUGUUGGAGUGUUUAAACGAAGGGGUAAAAUUAGGGAGAAGAAUAACGUCCUUCGGAGAAGUAGAGGGGAGAACUUCUGAGCUUUCUUUGGAAGCAUGGAUUUUUUGAACCUGUGAUUCAGGAGUUGGGAUGGGCUGGUUUCUUCCAUUCUUGUUUUUCUUGUUCCUCCGGUAUCUAUUUUUUUCUUUUUUUUGCUUCUAUAUGUUUCAUGAAACCCCUCAUUCGUUGGGUAUGUUACGAUUUUGAUAUUUUUGUAGCUGGGUUUCUUUUUCUUUUCCUUUCCCUUCUUGUCUUUCUUUUGCCCUUCCUCCCCCCGGUUUUCUAGCCAUGCGGUAGUUCUGGUUUUCUCCUCUUCGUUCCCUCUUAUACAUAUAUCCGCGCGCUGUGCUUUUCUUUCUUUUUUAGCUGGGGAGUGAAUUGGGCUUGGUUUGGCUUUGGCUUUGGCUUUUUGCUUUGGAUUCGAUUGUUCUAGUUUGGAUACUUGUUCCUUAGGUUUUGCUGUUGUGCUCUUAUUUUUUGUUUUCUAUUUUAAUUAUGAUGAGGGGUUUUUUGGUUCCCUUGAUGUUGGUUUAUAUCUUAUCUAGUACUUAUUGGCUUCCCCCUUCUUAACGGUUUAUUUUCCUGCCCUCUUCUUAUUUUUGCUAUUCUCAAGUUUAGGUUUGUUGGGCCCUCGUUUUAUUUUCAUAUCCCUUGCAACCUUUGGAUUUUCGGAUACAGGAUGAAGUAAUUGGAAAAGUUUCGGGAGGUGUGGGUGGGUGUAUCUUUCAUACUCUCAGAAUUGAAGGUCUUUGCAUGAGUAGAGAGGAGACGGAAGGAGUAAUGGGAUUGGAUAAGCGAAGGGAGGGAGGAAUGUAAAGAACGGAGGAAAAGCUAAGUAUUGGUUAUUAUUAUCUCCUCUAGUCAAGCAAGCAACCACCUUUUUUCCAAGUGCCUUGUAGGCUCUAUUUCACUUGCUCUGCCGGGCUGCUGAGGAUUUCCAUGAACGAACCAUUUUAAAAAUGCAUAAUAUCCUUCGAUUAUGAAUUUAGUUGUUGGGUGGUUGAGGUAUGGAAGAGCGGAUAGGUGGAUGAUGGUAGCAAGUAUAAAUACGCACAAGUUCAAGUACAAGUACAGUUGUAGACAGACAUACAUCAAUUGGAGUGUUCCAAGAAGGUAAAGUAAGUGGGAGAAAAUGAGAUAGAAAAUGGAAAGGAAACGAGGAGGAAUCUAGUGUAUAGGAAAAAGGAAAUACGGGAGCGUAACAUCGGCUGGCCGUGCUUAGUUGUAUAUAUAUUAUGGCAUAAAUUUUUUAAA